AUGGCCUAUCAGAACCCCCAAGAAGGCAAAUCUCUGUAUCCACAAGUUAUCCAAACGAAUCCUAACCAAAACACUUGGCCCCCAUCAUCUUCCUCCUCGCUGUACCCUUCCAUCGAAAUGAAUCAGCUUGCGGAGAAUCUCUUCCCUGAGACCGAGGAGGACCGGAACCCUAAAAGCCCCACCUCCUUCGAUUCGUCCGAGGAGGUUCUGGUGACGAUCCCCGGCGCGAUCCUCCACCUGAUCGACCGGCGGCGCAGCCUCGAGCUCGCGAGCGGCGAUUUCACCGUGGUCCAGCUCAAGCAGGGCGGAACCGUCGUGGCCGCCCUGGCCCGCGUCGGCGGCGAGAUCCAGUGGCCGCUCGCCAAGGACGAGGCCGCCGUCAAGCUCGACGACGCCCACUACUUCUUCAGCCUCCGUGUUCCCAACGAGGCCGACGGUAUGCUGAACUACGGGCUGACAAUCGCCGCUAAGGGGCAGGAGGGCCUGCUGAGGAAGCUCGACUCGGUUCUGGAGAAGUUCAGCGCGUUCAGGGUAGAGGGGGCGGCACCGGCGGAGGCGCAGGAGUGGUGGGCGGCGGUGGCCAGAGGGGUCUCGCCGGAGGAGAUGGAGAGGAAGCCGGAGGAGGUGGAGAAGAGCGCGGCAGCUUACUGGACCACGAUUGCGCCUAACGUGGAGGACUAUGGUGGGAGUUUGGCGAGGAUGAUAGCUGCUGGGUCGGGUCAGGUGAUUAGAGGGAUUCUGUGGUGUGGGGAUUUGACUGUGGAUAGGCUUAAAUGGGGGAAGGAGUUCUUGAGCAAGAGGAUGGGGACGAAGUCGAAUUCGGAUGUGAGUCCCGAGGCUUUGAGAAGGGUCGAAAGGGUUAAGCAGAUGACCAAAAUGUCGGAGAAAGUCGCGACAGGUAUACUUUCCGGUGUGGUGAAGGUCUCUGGCUUCUUCACUAGUUCAGUUGCAAACUCGAAAGUCGGCCAGAAAUUCUUCAGCCUUCUCCCUGGAGAAAUCGUUCUUGCUUCCUUAGACGGAUUUAAUAGGGUUUGUGAUGCGGUUGAGGUUGCCGGAAAGAAUGUCAUGUCUACUACCUCGGUGGUCACGACUGGCCUCGUCUCACAGAAAUAUGGAGAACAAGCGGCAAAGGCGACUCACGAUGGGCUAGGUGCUGCAGGGCAUGCAAUCGGGACAGCUUGGGCCGUUUUCAAGAUACGAAAGGCUCUAAAUCCGAAAGGAGUCCUUAAACCCACGACACUUGCAAAGGCUGCAGUCGAAGCAAAUUCAGCUAAAUUGAAGGCUAAAAAAUGA